GCGAUCCAUUGAGCUCAUCUGAGCUUUUCUUUUAACAACGACAAUGGUCAAAACGUGGAGUGUCAGCUCGUUGCUGACUGCCACUUGUGCUGCACUGGUUGCAGCAGAAGACAGCUCCGUCUUCAGCAAGGCUUCGAACGACAGCUUGCUAUGGGGUCCGUAUCGACCUAAUUUGUACUUUGGCGUUCGGCCGCGAGUGCCGAAAUCGAUCCUCACAGGACUUCUCUGGGCACGAGUGGAAGAUUAUACAUCUGUACAGAAUGAUGUACGAUAUACGUGCGAACAGCAUGCUGGCAUGGCUGGUUAUGGCUGGGACGCCUACGAUCCAAGAACUGGCGGUGUUCAGACUGUGCAUGACAAAGGCAAUGGCAUCGACAUCGAGACGAGCUUUGUCAAGUUUGAAGAUGGUAAAGGCGGAUGGGGUGCAAGAAUCAAAGGCACACCUCGAGAAGAUGCUGAGAGGAGAGAGGGCAGCACAGGUGGUCCAGACACCAUGAAAACUGCAGUAUGGUUCACUGUCAGUGCCGAGGGUCUGGGAAGCAUCGAACCUCUAGGCGCUGAGGCUGCUGAAGAGACGGGCUAUGAGGGCGAUGUGAUACUUCAAGGCGAGACACCAUCGCUUGGUGAAUUCCGGCUAGUUGUCACGGAGCCUGAAGGACAGGCGCAUCCCGUGCACAACCACGAGUCGUAUGCGAGCAAGCCUCUAGACCGCACUCUCGUGUACUCUCAGAAAGUCCAGGAGCAGGCUCUGUGGCAAUCAAAGCCACUUCUCUUUCAAUCUCUGAAAAAUACCAUCGAUGCGUAUCUCGAGGAAUACACACAGGAAAGAAUGCCUCCUCCGUGGCAGACUUAUACCAUUCAGAACAAGCCUGGCCCUGGCAACAUGCAUAUCGUGCAGAAAACCUUCGAGGGUCCAUUCGAGUUCGACGUCCUCUUCACACCCAACACUGCCAGCAAGCCUGCCACCUCUGAGCAGCUUAGCAAAUCCCUCAAGACUGUCCUUGAUUCUUUCGAGGAGAAGUAUCUCGAAGUACACAAGCCAGCGGCGCCUUUCACUGAGGAGAAGUGGCUCGGCUUCAGCAAGUCACUCUUCAGUAACCUGAUUGGAGGCAUCGGAUACUUCUAUGGCGAGCAAGUGAUCGAUCGAUCCUAUGCGCCAGAGUACGAGGAGGAGAACGAGGGAUUCUGGGAGGAAGCUGAACAAGCUCGCGCCCGCAACGAACAGAAGCCCGAAGGCCCAUACGAGCUGUUCACUUCCGUUCCAUCACGGCCUUUCUUUCCUCGUGGCUUCCUCUGGGACGAAGGAUUCCACCUGCUCCCAAUCCUGGACUGGGACACCGAAAUUGCGAUGCAGAUUGUUAGCUCGUGGUACAACACAAUGGACGAAGAUGGGUGGAUUGCUCGUGAACAGGUUCUUGGCGCUGAAGCACAAAGCAAGGUGCCUGCUGAGUUCCUCACUCAGUACCCUCACUACGCCAAUCCUCCCACCCUGUUCAUGGUCGUUGAAGCGAUUCUCGACAAGAUUGAUCACAAGGCGGGUUCUGGUGCUGAGCUGAAUGUCAAGUCGCUUGGACAUGUUGCAGGUCACCACGUUGCCAGCCCGGAAUCGAUCAAAGCGUGGUUCAAAGAGCUUUACCCUCUCUUGCAGCGCAACUUUGACUGGUACCGUAAGACGCAGUAUGGAGACAUGAAGACCUACGAGCGUAAUGCCUUCAGCUCCAAAGAGGGCUAUAGAUGGCGUGGACGUACUCCACGUCAUAUCUUGACUUCUGGUCUCGACGAUUACCCUCGCGCACAGCCACCACACCCAGGUGAGCUUCAUGUCGAUCUGAUCUCUUGGGUCGGUUUGAUGAGUCGCAACAUCCAACGCAUUGCUUCCUACCUUGGUGAGAACGAGGACGCCGCAAAGUACGGCAAGAUCACGGAAGCCAUCCGAAAGAACGUUGAUGAUUUGCACUGGUCGAAGGAGCACAAGACCUACUGUGAUACAAGCAUCGAUGACUACGAAGAAACCGCACACGUCUGCCACAAGGGCUAUAUCAGUAUUUUCCCCCUCAUGACUGGGCUACUCGACGGGAAGCAUGAGCACUUGCCAGCGAUCCUGGAUCUCAUCUCGGACGAAGAGGAGCUCUGGAGUCCUUACGGCAUCCGCAGCUUGAGCAAGAAAGAUGAGCUAUACGGCACUGAUGAGAAUUACUGGAGGAGUCCAGUGUGGAUGCCUUUGAACUACCUGAUCGUCAAGGAGCUAUACAACCUUGCCCAACAGCCUGGACCAGAACAAAAACGCUGCGCCAAGUUGUACAGCGAACUGCGCAAGAAUCUCGUCACCACAGUGUAUAACUCGUGGCUCGAGACUGGCUUCGCGUGGGAACAAUAUAACCCUGAGACAGGAGCUGGCCAACGCACCCAGCACUUUACAGGAUGGACGAGCUUGGUUGUCAAGAUCAUGGCUAUGCCUGAAAUUACAGGAAAAGCCAAGGGCGGCCAUGAUGAGCUGUAGCCUAUAUAGACAGUAAGUAAGUGAUGUCUAGAGACAUAGAAGCGAUCCAAGAGCUCCCAGACCGUGCUCGUUUGAUUUGUGAGCCUCAG